AUGUCCACCCGUCCCAACGCCACGUCCCCUGUUCAUUACAUUCACCCCUUGACGUCGCCCCCGGGCGCGUACUUGCCAUCUUCGUCAUACUACCCUCCGGUCCACACGUCGGUCCGGCGUUCGUCCUUCACCGAAUCAGUCAGCCCUCCUUUGUCUUCAUCGUCCAGUCAGCAAUUUGCCCCUGCACGAACCUCACAGACGCGUUCCACGUCUAACCCAGACAUCCCACCAAUGUCCGAGUCCCCUCCUAUGUUCCGAAACUCUUCCGCGGCAUCGCUACCGAACAUUCUGAACGCGCCAUCGCCAUCUUCACGCUCGGGAGGAGGCUUAGCUGGGCUCGAAGCGUUGGCGCAAGCGGCCACUCAGGAGCGGAGAAGACUGAGUGGCGAGAUAGCGGGGGUGGGCCAGGCCGGAGACGACGUUGGUGCGCGAAUGAGCAGCAGUCCAAUCACACAGCGCUCCGAGCUUCGUCUCGAGCAUGUGCAUGAAACGUAUGUGAAGCCUUCUUCGCCUGUGGUUACACGCAGCCCAACACAACCUCGCCGCGACAUCUCUACAUUUGCCGAGAACGAGCCCGUAGCUGAAGGUGGAUCGCGUCUCGAGUGUGAACCUCCCAGAAAGAGACGUAGAAGCUCUUCGCCGUCAAGCCACAGUGUCCCGACCGCUCAUACGCUGCUUGCUGCUCCCCCUCCUGCCCUGCCGGCCCCUGCUUCAGACAAAGCCGAAUCACCUGUUAUUGCUUCACCGGCAGUCGAGUCCGGUGCAAGCCCUCUUUACCAUCAUCCUGGGGUGGUAACGAGAGCCCUCCAGGUCACAACUAUCGACGUGACGCCAGAUCAUACGCGUCGUGUGCAUGACAAUGGUCCGGCUGAGCCGAUGAAGAGAGCGCUCAGUGACAGCGUGAGUCAGGCCACUUCACCAAAAAGCAAUGCUUCCCAGGUGGAUAUCGGUCCAGCGAAGCGGCCGCACAGCGAUAUCGUUGUCCCGGCUAUCAGCCCUGGUGCGGAAGAGCAGCUUCUGGGCAGUGGCAAGGGGGCCGAGCGGCGACAACCGCAGGACAAGAAGGACAAGAAGAAGCGCGAGAAGCCUGCAUCGAAGAAGGAAAAGGCGAAGGGUGCACCAGCAGAGCAGGUGCGGAAUGACACUGGGCUCUCGAAGGACGACGCACGAGAGCAAGACCCUCAUGAGUGGUUGCUCGAGCACUACUCCUCCCCCAGGGCGGCACACUUCCCCUCGCCUGCAGGUGCCAGCAAGCCCACCGCGUCACCGUACACUUUGAGACCCGCUUUCCCUGACCAGUUCAAAGCGGAAGUAAGCUUGGACUCUCCGCACCUCGAUGCGGGCGCGACCGCCGACACAGUCGCAACCCCGAACACGGAGAUGCGCACGCCCACUCCGCUUACUAUCCUAGAAAUGGAGCUGAAGGAAGCCGAGAUCCCUAGGCAGACUGCCGCGCGGGCUGACGCGCACGACUCCGACAUCACAAUGGAGCUCGACAUGGCUGUCAGUGCUACGCCGCCUCCAGCAGCAGGAGGCGGCGGAGACAACGACACCAUGGAGUUGGACGUGGAGGACGAACUGUUGAUGUUGCUGGACGACGAGCCUCGUAAGCCUCAUUCACACUCCAAACACACAUCUGUUAUUCGGGAUUCGUCCACGAAGCAUGUGGUUUCGCCUUCGGCCGUUGGUGCUGCGUUGGAUACUAGAGUCUCCCUCUUGUCCAUGGCCAGGCAAACUAGUCAUCCGCGGGACUCCAUGCCCCCUCCAGCGUCCCCAGUUAAGGAGAGCUCAAGACCUGGCUCCGCGCAGCCGGCAGAUCGGCAGGAGGCAACAGGUGGCACUGCCAACAAGAAGAAAGAAGCAGCAGAGAAGUCUUCAUCGAAGCCGAAAGCAGCUGCAAAGCCUAAGGCGAAAUCUACGGCAAAGUCCAAACCUAAGGCGGCGAAAGAUGGCUCAGUAUCCGCAGCUAGUCCAGCGCCUGGCGCCCUGACCCCGUCUAUGUCUACUUCGUCUGUGAAGGGCAAGAAGGCAACACCUCUUCUUGGCGUUAAUGUCCCUGGGACGAAACGCGGUGCUUCUGCGGCUGCAGCAUCAUCGCGUUCGCGGUCUGCCUCGGUCAUGCCGUCCGGAUCAGUGGCGCCUGAAGCGGAUGGGAAAGGGAUCUUAGAAGCCGGGGCAGAAGGUGUUGAGAAGGAUGUCAUCAUGGACGACAAGUUGUACUGCGUUUGCAAGACCAGCUACGAUGAGGAUCGUGUCAUGAUCGCUUGCGACAGAUGCGAUGAGUGGUAUCAUACACAGUGUGUGAACAUGCCUGAUCUGGAGGUUGACCUCGUGGACCAGUUUUUCUGUCCGCCAUGCAUAAACAGUAACCCUCAUCUACAUCUCAAGACAACCUACAAACGACGUUGCUUCUCGGGCCUCCAACAUCCACAUCCAUCGUCACCGAGUGCUUGUCACAAGCCUGCACGUGGUGCAUUCUCCAAGUACUGCUCGGAUGAGUGCGGUGUUCUCUACAUGCAAUCACGCCUCGAUGUCUGGAAAGGCGCGAAAGGCAGUCUGUGGGGGAGCUUUAAGGAUGCCCGCAAGAGAGAAGGCGUGGUCGUGCGCGUUAAGGACGAAGCUGAUGCCGAGGUGAAGGUUAAGGACAUGGUGGGCGAACGGACGACAUCAGGUUUGCCUUCGGAAGUUGUGAAGUCACCGAAGACACAGCUUGAUUGGUUUCUGGCACGACUCGACGCUCAAUUGGCGAAGAUCGCAUCUAACCGCGACCACCUGAAGAAAGAGAUGGAGAUCAUCCAAUGGCGCGAGAAGGUGAUCCAAUUGGCAGCCACACGCGCGGAUCAACUGGACGAAUGCGGUUGGGAUCAGCGUCUCUGUUUCGGGGAUGAAGAGUAUGCCGAGUUCGGGGUCAGCGUCCUGGAGAGCUAUGAAGCAGCAGGACAACAGAAACAGGACGGCGAUGCUAUGCAAGUGGAUGGCUCUCCCGUCGAUGAUGGUGAAUGGUGGUGUAACGGCAAGAAGAAAUGCGAGCGCCAUGCGGGGUACGGACUAUACUCGUUGAUUGCUCCUUGUGUGUCUGACCCAAAUUACGUCAGGUGGCAGAAGCUUCGUGCGACCGAGAUUCAGUUCGAGAGGGACACAAGGUUCGGGGUGCUCCAGAGGCUCACCGUGGAAGAGCGGGAAAUCCGUAAACAAAUUGAGGACGUCAUGGACCCUAAGGCUCGGGCUUCGGUGCUGAACACUGUCGGACCUCCGUUACAGCCUCUUAACGGCGAUGCUACACCGAAUGGUCCUGUCAAGUCUAAGGCGAGCAGUGACGCAAACAGGAAAGGGAAGAAGAAGACGUAA